AUGCAGUUCUUUGAGACGAGGAUAGUUUGGUCCAUUAUUGUUGGUCUGUUCAUAGUUUUUUCAGUGUUUUGGAGCUUCCCUGAAGAGUCUGAGGCUGUAGUCAAAUGCCCUGCGACAAAACCACAUCGACCAUCCACUUUUGAUUCGCAUAAACAAACUCUUCUCAGAAUAUUGCACAGCGAAGAGUUUAGGAACGCUUCUGCAAUGAAAUUGCAGGCUGCGAUCAGAACAAGGACCGAGGUUUAUGAUGAUGACCCUAUUUCUGUUGAGGAUGAUUUCGCGUACUGGUCGAAAUUUGAAAAGUUCGAACAUCUACUCAGAUCGACAUUUCCUCUAUUUUACAACAAAACCACGCUUCACAAGGUCAAUUAUCAUGGACUAGUUUAUAUUUGGGAGGGAAGCGACCCAUCCUUGAAGCCUUUGGUUCUAAUGGCUCACCAGGAUACAGUACCCGUUUCAAAUAUAACCCUCAGUCAAUGGGAACACGAUCCUUUUAGUGGGGACUACGAUGGAGAAUACGUUUAUGGUAGGGGAAUUGCCGACUGCAAAGACCAGCUGAUCGGUCUAUUGGAAGCUGCAGAAGAGCUGAUCAUAAAUGGAUUUUCGCCAAGAAGGACUGUUAUCUAUUCCUUCGGCUUUGACGAAGAAGUUGGAGGCCCUAGAAACAAGAACGCCGAAUGGCUCGAGGAGAAAUAUGGCAAAGACUCCAUGUACGCGGUUCUGGACGAAGGCGGAAUUAAUCUGGACACCAUUCAAGGAGUCAAAAUGUCUGUUCCGGGAACGGCAGAGAAAGGCUAUAUGGACUUGAAAAUCAUUUUAGAAACACCAGGGGGACAUUCGUCAAUUCCACCUAAACACACCUCAAUUGGAAUUAUAGGCGAAAUGAUUGUGGAGCUUGAAAAAUCGGAAUUUCCAACAUAUUUCACCGAGCAAAAUCCUGCUUUCUGGGAAUACGUGUGCGUUGCAGAGCACUCUCCCGACAUGGAUUCAUCAGUUAAGAAAAGUAUUCUCAGAGCGGCGCACGAUGAGAAGGCCAAUGAGAUUGCAAGGAAUUACAUAGAUGUGGAACUUGGCAAGGGAUUUGUUGUCAAGUCAACAAGAGCCCUUGAUAUUAUAAGCGGAGGAGUCAAGGCCAAUGCCCUUCCUGAAUAUGUGGAGCUCACCAUCAACGUACGGAUUGCCAUGGAGGAGACAGUAGAGACCGUGGUGAAGAGAAUUAUAACCACCAUUGAGCCAGUUGUUGACAAAUAUAAUCUGGGGCUUGCGUUUGAUCUUGAUGGGCAUCAAGAGCUCAAGCCUAGCAAGCCAGCCGGGAAUUGUCUUGUUAAAGUGGUUCAAGCGUUUCCGCCUGCUCCCCUGACGCCCACUCGGGGAAACCAUUGGAACAUAUUUUCAGGAACUAUCCUUCAUGUCUAUGAAGUUGUGGCUCCAGAUUCCAGAGGCCUUGUUGUUGCUCCGGGAAUUGGUUCUGGAAACACCGACACUAAGUAUUACUGGAACCUCACAAAACAUAUCUACAGAUACAGGCCAGGUUUGUUGCCAGGCGUGUACUCAAAGGAGCAUGGAAUCAAUGAGUAUAUUCCAAUGGACUCUCAUCUGCACUUGAUUGUUUUCUAUUAUGAGUAUAUUUUGAGUGUCGACGAGACGGACGAUUAA